AUGGACGCCUCCUCCCUCCGCAUCUCCAAGUUCGAUGGAACUAACUUCCACGCCUGGAAGUUCAAGAUGCAGAUGGUGCUGGAGGAACGGGACCUAUGGGAGGUCGUCAGCGGUGAGAUCAAGGCGGAACAGUGCGAGACUCAGUUGGACCAAGCGACGUACAAGAGGAAGUCAAGAAAGGCGAUGGCAGUGAUCUGUCUAGCCAUGGAAGAUUCCCAGCUACCGUUGGUCCGGUCGGCAAGUGGUGCAUGCGACGCAUGGUCAAGGUUGGAAGACCACUUCGAGAAGAAGAGUCUUGCCAACAAGCUGUUCUUGCGCCGUCGCUUCUUCACGACAAUGAUGGAAGAAGGCGACGAUGUGCUCGAACACAUCAACAAGCUCAAGACGCUGGCGGAACAGCUAGAAGCGGUGGGGGCUCCAGUCUGCGAGGACGAUCUGGUGAUCACACUCCUCGGCAGCCUGAGUGACUCGUAUCAAUUCUUGAUCACAGCUUUGGAGUCGCGCUCAGACACUCUUAGCUGGGAGCUCGUGACGUCUCGACUGCUUCAUGAAGAAAUGAAGCGGAAGGAGCAAGGAAGUAAAGGUGAUGAAGCUUCGCAAGGUCAAGCGUUCAUCACAAGGGACAAUCAGCGCAAAGGGCGACCAGUGAAGAAGUCCUGGCCGUGCCACAAUUGCGGAAAGAUUGGUCACUGGAUGGCGGAGUGCCCCUCGCGCAUCCAAGAAAACACGGAGAGACACCGGCCACAGCGUGCUCAAGACAGCGGCGACCGCUAUCGAUCACAACGUGCAAACGUCGCUCAAGAAGAAGACUCGGGCGACUACCUCUUUUCGAUCGGUGAAACGACAUCUGCGAAAUCGAGCGACAUCUGGCUGGUCGACUCCGGGGCGACGCAGCACAUGACGUGCUCCAAGAAGUUCAUGCGGAACUACAAGGGGUUUGACGCUGUGGAUGUCCAUCUCGCGGAUGAUGGAAUCGUCCAAGCAAUCGGCAGUGGGGACAUUGUCAUGUCGAUGAAGACACCCCAAGGGAUGAAGAAAGGUGUGCUCACAAACGUGUGGCACAUCCCAAAGUUAUCCAGAAACCUGUUCUCGGUCGGCCGCUUCACCAAGGAUGUCGGCCCAGUGACGUUCACGAAGGAUGGGUGCUAUGGAGAAGCGAAAGGGACCAAGUGGAAAAUUGGUGCCCGUGAAGGUAAAGGACUGUUCAAGCUGCAAAUGACUCCAGUGGCGCCGGAACAAGCAAAUGCAGCCAAGUCGUCGGGAUGUCAAGGGGGCACCAAGUCGUACCUCUGGCACCUUCGGCUUGGCCACAUAGGUCACGAUGGACUCAAUUGCAUCGUGACGAAGAACAUUGGAAUUGGCAUCGACAUAUCUUCGGUGAAGAAGUGGGACGUGUGUGAAGGUUGUGCUCUGGGAAAACAGACUCGAGUGCGCUUCCAAUCAAACACUACAGCUCGCACCUCCAAACUCCUCGAAGUGAUUCACAGCGACGUAUGCGGACCGAUGUCGAUGGCAACUUUCAGUGGAAAACGGUACUUCGUGACAUUCAUCGAUGACAAGUCAAGAUACUGUGUCGUCUAUCUGCUCAAGAGCAAAUCUGAAGUUGCGGCGAAGUUCAUGGAAUACGCUGCGAUGGCCGAAACGCAAACCGGAAAGCGCGUGAAGUACCUUCAAAGCGACAAUGGGGGUGAAUACAAGUCCGACAAGCUGGCACGAUUCUGCGCGGAACGGGGAAUACAACAAAGGUUCACACACCCAUAUACUCCUCAGCUAAACGGAGUAGCUGAGAGAAUGAAUCGCACGCUGGUCGAGUGUGCGCGUUGCAUGAUGGAACACGCUGGACUGGGAAAGAGCUACUGGGGUGAAGCAGUGAUGACGGCGAUGUUUCUUCGAAACCGCUGUCCAACACGUGCCAUUCACCAAGACAAGUCUCUAUAUCAAGUGUGGACGAUGAAGAAACCGAUUCUGGCCAACCUUAAAGUGUUUGGAUGCCACGCGUAUUUUCAAGUGCCUCAAGACAAACGCGCGAAGUUCGACUCCAAGUCAUCACUCUGUCGUUUCCUGGGAUACGCCGAACACCAGAAGUCAUAUCGAUUUGAGGAAGUGUCAACAGGAGCGAUCAAGAUCAGUCGCGAUGCCACAUUCAUGGAAGACAAGUUUGAUGAAGGUCCGCGCAACUACAACGAUGAGUCAAGUGCCGUUGAGUUUGAUGAUCAAGACGAGGACGAAGAAAAAGAAGAAGGUAAAACUGACGACGACAUGGACUCGAGCGACGAUGACAACGAAGACACCAGGUCUUCAAAGAGCAACAUCAAGAGACACACGCGCACUCAAUCACUUGAGAAAGCUACCGUCAUUCCAAGUCCCAAGCGAAGAACGUACAGAGGUCCGUCGCUUGAGCAUGUGUCAGCGGCUGCAAUGGAUUUUGAAGCAGCCUACAUCGUUGAUUCAGUGGGGGAAACGCCGACUACAUUCAAGUCGGCGAUGGAAUCAAGCGACUCCGGCAAGUGGAAAGAAGCGUGUGACUCGGAGUUCGACUCGCUUCAGAGAAACGACACGUGGGAAAUCGUGCCUCUUCCGAAAGGUCGCAAGGCCAUCGGGUGCCGAUGGGUUUUUCGUGUAAAGGAGAAUCAAGAUGGCGAAGUUGAACGUUUCAAGGCAAGACUUGUGGCCAAAGGAUUCUCACAGAAAUUCGGAGUCGACUACGAAAAAACUUUCGCACAGGUGGCCAAGUUCACAUCGAUUCGUGUGGUGCUCAGUAUGGCGGCCAAGUACGGCCUAAUGCUACAUCAGAUGUGUUGA